CCAUCAUUGACACGUGUUUGUCGUUUUCUGUGCCGGUUGAUGAAGAGGAGAUGGUAUACAUCUAGUGCCAUCACAAAGGUGCACAAAAAAGUCAUGCCAGAACAAACAGCAGCAUCACAACAAGAGUUGACAUGGAGGAGAGGCAACAACUCAGCACAAUGGAAAUUCAUGGAGUUCAAACAAACUAAGAACCAUAAAAAUGAGUAACUAGUGACAGAUGAGAAUCUAACUGCAGCAAGAGUUCCCCAUGACUUGCAUUGUUCUGU